CUCAGAGUCCACGGACUCGGCGUGAUAAUACAGCAUCAUGUUCUCAACGCCUUAUCUUGUAACCUCAAGAGGACCUCCUCUUAAACUGUCUAGUGCAAUAUGGAGCGUCUGUGUGACUUAACAUAUGCUUGUAUGAUAAGUCGGAGUUGUGGACGAUGGUGGGCGAAUACGUGUGUACGCUGAGCAAGGAGCUCCAGCAGCGAGCCAAGGAGGAGAUCAACGAGGACCCCGCCAGGCGCGCUGCUGAUAUCGAACACAUCAGAGACUGGCUUAAACACCAGCCGCACAUCAGGGCCAGGACAGAUGACUGGACCAUCUUGAGGUUCCUACGGGGGUGCAAGUUCUCCCUGCAACGAACCAAGGAGAAGCUAGACAUGUUCUACACCUGUAAGUCUCUCUGUCCGGAGUGGUACAAGAACCGCGACCCGCAGGACAAGAAGAUGAGAGCCAUCCUUGAGCUGGGUUUGAUGCUUCCCCUCCCUGGAUACGACCACUUGGGACGGAAGGUCUACUUAAACCGAGCAGGAGACUUCGACCCUAAAGAAGUUUCCGUGGAUGAGAUUAAUAAGGCGUGCCUUACAAUCCUUGAUAUUUCUACUGAAGAAGACGAACAGUCGACCAUAACUGGUACUGUUAUGGUCGGCGACGUUGAGAAGAUGACUCUGGCUCACGUAGCCGCCUUCACUCCCUCAAUGAUGAAGAAGUCCAUGGUGCUCUGGCAGGAAGGCUAUCCGAUGCGUCCUAAAGGACUCAACUACAUCAACACGCCAGCUGCGUUCGACACAGUCUUCAAUAUAUUCAAGUCAUUUAUGAAAGAAAAGAUGAAAAAGAGGGUUCACCUCCACGGGAAUGAUCUGGAGAGUCUUCACAGGCAGGUGCCCAAGGAGGUCCUCCCUGUCGAGUAUGGAGGCACCAAUGGCACUGUCGAGGAGAUAACAAAGUACUGGCUGGAGCGGGUCGACGCCAGACGAGACUGGCUCCUGGAGGACGAGAAGUACGGAGUUGACGAGUCCAAGCGACCCGGCAAGGCCAAGACCUCCGCUGAUCUCUUUGGCAUCGAGGGAUCCUUCAGGAAGCUCACCGUUGACUAGAUACCCGCCUUCCAUCCUCUUCAGACAGUAGAUCGUCGAUUAGAUUCCGUCUUCUAUUCCCGUUUGAUGGCUUGACAACGCCGGCUAGAUACCACGUUAUCUCCCCUAUAUGAGGCUCUGUGUCGACUUCAUAUCGCCUUCAAUUUCCUUGGAACUCGACUUCGAAAAGAUAUCCCUCCUCCUUCCCUUUCUUGAAGCUCAACGUCUACUAGCUAUCCCAUCCUUUCUUUCCCGUUCAGGAAACAAAAGGUGACAAGAUACUCUACCUCCUCUUCCCUCUUCAUGAGCUCAACGACAUCUAGAUAUCACUGCAGUCGUCGUCUGUUCCGACUUCAACAGAAUGAAAUCUCUCCUGGUGGGGACUUGGGCGAUCAUACAGUCUUCGGAAAGAAUGAUAAGAAUGAGAGUGUAUCUGAUUUUGAGAGAAGCGUCCAUAAAGUUAAAUAUUCUGUAGUGAACUCAGCGAGGCCCAAGAGAAGAAAUUAUUGUUUAUGAAUAGAAGAACUAAGCAGGAAAUGAGAGUGAGAGUAAAAUUAACUGAGAUAUAUAUAUAUAUAGGACAUCCGAUAGGGAUAACUACCUAAAGAAUAUUAUGCAGUGAAGAAGUAAAAGUGAUAUUUUGAUUGAUUCUACAUUGUUAUGGUGAUUGUUGGUAUUACAAUUUGUCAGAUUAAUUCUAUGUGUGUAAAUUCUAUAUAAAUUCUAUGUGUGUAAAUUCUAUAUAAUGUCUAGAAUUUGGAAUGUAGAUGAUAUUAGAAAGUAAUAAUUC